AACUCUGUCGGGCUGUGCGGAACUCGCCAUAGAUUGUACGAUGAUGCCCAAGAUCCCCGUGUCGUUUUCAUGCCGGAGGACCUGGAGUUCUUUAUCCGUUUUGAAGUACGAGAUCGAGCUCGUAGAAGGGAGGCCGGGCUUCCAGUAAGUGCCCGAAACGUGCCCAGUGCCGAGACGUUCCGCGCAUAUCAGGUGUCCCAAGGAAGAAUAUCUGGAGAGGCAGUGGGCGGGAUGUAUGACCGCUACAUUCUGGAGGAGCGGUGGGCGAACCAGUUGCGCAUCACCCAGACUGCAGAGUGGCACGGAGACCCCAUGGCCGCUAUUCGGCGUGCAAUUCUUGUAAUUGGAUCCACUAGGAUCCAACAGCUUCCAAUCACCACUGUUCACCAGCUUCAGGUGUUACGGGAUCUCUACUUCCGCGAUGACGAGAUGGCAAUCGAGAAUUUCUACGGCCUGAAGCCAGAGAAGCUGCCCGGGGAUUCAGAAAGCAUCAAGGAGGAGGAGAAAGAAGAGGAAGAGUCCGUAAAGGGCAAGAGAAAGCCCAGCCCCUCGAGCCAAAACACUGGGGGGGAUGCAUCGCACAAGCGUCUUUCGCUAGACAUGCAAAACAAAACUCGGUGGAUGUUUGGGCCCGAAUCAACUACCAGCGACAAUGUCCAGAAGUACAUCCCUAUUUUGAGAGGCCCAGGUAGGGUAUGA